AUGAUGGAAAAAGUGAUUUUAGCCGAAAGUGAUGACGACCUCUACGAGGGGAUAAUCGGCCACAAAAUGAUGGAAAAAGUGAUUUUAGCCGAAAGUGAUGACGACCUCUACGAGGGUUACAAUGAGUUUCAUCCGGCGCUCGACACUAGAAAUUUGCAAUCAGAUGAAGGCUUCCAACAGGCGGUUCUCAAGAGUAGUUACGGUCGCAAAGGGGUCACCACAGGGUAUAGAGGAGCGACCGGUGCGUCCAGAAUGGGAACCACAGCCGGCUAUAGACGCUCGUCGAUCACAUCGUCCAAUCCAAGAGCUAUAGGAACGGCUGCCGGACAACAGCCCCCGUCCACAGCCAGACCCAUGACCGCUGUCAGAGGUGUGGGCUAUACAUCUACGGGCAAUCGCGGCGCCGGUGUGUUCGACCCGUUAGGUCAGUCCAAGUCAAUGGUGUCGGGCUUUCAGACGCGGGACGACUCGGCACCGGAAGUGAAGAUAAAACAGUUGGAGAAGAAGAUCAACGAUUUGCUGGAAGAGAGUGUGUUUGCGGCGCAACGGCUGGAGAUGAGUACAGCCCUCGAGAGGGCCAAGGAUUGCGUCCAAAAGGAGCGGUCGUUGUCUCGUAUGAAAGAGGGCUCGGGUUUGGCCGAAACCAUUGCCCCCAACAGUGACCUCACAUUUGCCGCGCUCUUCAAUCUGGCCGUUCAGUACACCAACGCUGACAUGUGCUACAGUGACCUCACAUUUGCCGCGCUCUUCAAUCUGGCCGUUCAGUACACCAACGCUGACAUGUAUUCCGAGGCAAUCAAUACAUACCAAUCCAUCAUUAAAAACAGGACUUUCACUAAUACAGGUCGACUGAAGUUAAACAUCGGAAACAUUUACUUCAAACAAAACAAUUACCCGAAAGCCAUUAAAUUCUUUCGCAUGGCUUUGGAUCAGAUUCCCAAUAUUCAGAAGGAUUUGCGCCUGAAGAUCAUGCAUAACAUCGGUCUGUCGUUUGUGAGACUGAAUCAGUUCGCAGAUGCCAUCACAUCCUUUGAGUACAUAAUGUCUGAACGGAUCGAUACGAUCACAGCGUUUCAUCUGAUUGUCUGCAGCUAUGCCUUAGGGGACAGACAGCAAAUGAAACAGUAUUUCUCGAAACUACUCGAAGUGAAUGCCGAGGACUCGUUUGAGGACAAGUAUGUGACCCACUCUGACAUCAACGACGACCUCACGAACCACUUGUUGGUCGAAGUGAUCAAAAACGACGACUUAAGGCAGUGGGAGAAACAGAGGCGACACGACUCCGAGUGGUCUAUACUGACGGCCGCCAAACUCGUCGCACCGGUAAUCGGAGACACAUUCAGUCAGGGAUACGAGUGGUGUGUCGAUCAGAUCCGGAACAGCUCUGCAUUCGCUCAUUUGGCCAAUGAUUUAGAGAUCAAUAAAGCGGUGAAACACUUGAGGAAAAGGGAGUUCAUUGAAGCGAUCGCUACACUCAAGUCGUUUGAGAAGAGGGAUAAUAAGAGCGCCUCCACUGCCGCCACAAACCUGUCGUUCCUAUAUUUGCUUCAAAAUGACAUAUCGAUGGCCGAGAAGUACGCCGACGAAGCCAUCAAUGCUAACCGAUAUAAUUCCGGUGCGUUAGUCAAUAGGGGGAACACCUACUAUAGGCACCAGGACUUCGAGAGGGCUAAAGAGUAUUAUAAGGAAGCGGUUAAUAAUGACUCGCAAUGUCUGGAAGCCAUGUAUAACCUGUCGCUGGCCUUCAAGAAGUUGGGCGCCUAUGAGGACGCACUCGACUACCUCUUCAAACUCCAUGCGCUCACCAAAAGACAUCCGCAUAUACUCUACCAGAUCGCCAACAUAUAUGAAUUAUUGGGAAACAGGGAUCAGGCGCUCGACUUUUACCAACAACUGCUACACUUUGUGCCAUCGGAUCCGUCACUUCUGGUGAAGUUGAGUGAUAUGUGCGAUGCGGACAACGAUAAGCAACAG